AUGGCCCAGGCGGGGGGACCCGUCCGCCUCUACCCCGAGGAGGGCUGCGCCGCCUCACCCCCGCCCUUUGUCCGUGGGGUUGACCGGAGGCCCUGGCCGGCCGGAGAGAGCCCCGAGUCUGGGAGGUGCAGCCCCCCGCGUUGCCUCACCCCCAACCUCAACGCCGGCCGCCUCCACCUCCUGCGCAAGGGCCUGUCCCUCAACGCCCGCCGCUCUCCCCUUGGCCUCUACAACAGCACCGGCUCCUUGGCCCGCAAGCCGGUGGAAACACCUCCCUUCGGCAACGGCGGCUGCCCGGGCGCGGGUCGUCUGACGGCUCCCUGCACCCCGCGACGGGACCGGCCCGGGCCUGCCCUCUCUUCCCCGGGUAACCGCAGCCCACCGAUGGCGGCAGCCCCGGAGGGACACAGCUCUGUCGUCACCUUCCGCUUCAUUGAGAAGGCCAGCGUGCGGACCCUGGGCGGCCUGCCGCCCACCCAGCCCCGCCGGGACAACGGGCCCCGCAGCCUCAGCCGCAGCCUAGAGCUUGGCGGGGACGUGCGGUCCCCCGGGCCCCAGCCCUUGCCCCUGCACCAGGAACAGCUCCUAAGCACGCUGAAGCUAGAGGCCUCCGCCUCUGACCCACUCCUAACUGGGAGAAGGACCUCAGGGGUGAUGCCUCCCUGUGGGGAGGAGCCCUGCACCUUCAAUGCCGACUGCCUCUGCCACCCUCUCACCAAUGGUCUGCCGGGGGACUUCUCCACCUUCACCGGGAGGCCCCUGAAGCCAGAGCCCCGACCCCAGGGCAGUACCUGGCUGUACCCUCGUCAAAGGUCGGCUCAUGCACAGCGCAUUGCCAGAGCCAAGUGGGAAUUCUUCUACGGCUCCUCAGACACCUUGAAGACAGGCUCCUCUGCCCCUGACUCUGCUCACCUGGCUGAGGGUCCCCAGAAGCCCGUCUGCCUGCCGCCCACCAAGCUGCCAGGGUCAGUGCCUGAGCACAGCUUGAGCCAUGUGGAGGUGGAGAUAGAGAUGUCUUCUCCAGGCAGCCAGAAACCUGGCUCCUGCGAGACUGGGAUUAUAAGGAGGACAGUGAAGUACUCCGAGACAGACCUGGACACCGUGCCGCUGAGGUGCUAUCGUGAAACCAACAUUGACGAUAUCCUGGCCGAGAAGGAGGAGGUGGAUUCAGCAAUUGAGAGCCAGAAGGACAGUGAGAGCAACCCGAGCUUCGGGAGCAGGAGGAACAGCACACCAGAGGAGCCCCCCACCCUGGACACCAGAUUCCCAAAAGGUGGGCUGCGGGAUGGGGAUGCAGAUGAAGACGAUGAGGUGUUUGAGGCAACAAGGAAGGAGAACAGGGAAAGGAUCAUGGACCGAGACACACAGGGUAUGCUCAAGUCUCCAGUGCCCUUCCUCCUUGGGCAUAGCCUCUCCAAGGAUGGUAUGGAUUCUUUCAGCAAGCAUUUUGAGAGCAUCAUGGAGUCCCAUCGAGCCAAAGGCACAUCCUACACCAGCCUGGACUCCAUUGACAUUCUCUCCUCCCCUGCCCAUACACAUGGGACCAUUUUCACUUUUGACCUCCCAACCCUCACCCCAGAAAUACAGGGACAGAUCCGGGAUAGUGCCAAGCUGAUUGAGGAGAACUUUGCUCCUCUGGCUCACUUGGAGCCAGACUCUGGGACCAGUUCAGCCACAGAUGCCCCCUGGAUGGAGAGAGAGGAGGAACGGGGCAAACGAAGGAAGGGUGCUCGGCACAGCCCUUGCCGCUCAGAGGAGAGCUUUGGUACUCCCUUGGCCUCCAAUGUGAGCAACCACCCCUUGAGCCAGGCAGUUUCAGACUCGGACUCUGAGAUGGACAGCGUGGAGCAGCUGGCCCUGGGCAGCACAGACACCCUCUCCAAUGGGCACAAGGCUGACCUGGAGGCCGCCAAACGCCUGGCCAAGAGGCUGUACAACUUGGAUGGCUUUAAAAAAGCAGACGUGGCCCGCCACUUGGGGAAGAACAAUGAGUUCAGCAGGAUGGUGGCAGGGGAAUAUCUGAAGUUCUUCGUUUUCACAGGGAUGAGCCUGGACCAGGCUCUCAGGUCCUUUCUAAAGGAGCUGGCCUUGAUGGGAGAGACGCAAGAGAGAGAGCGAGUGCUGGCUCAUUUUUCCCAGCGCUAUUACGAGUGUAAUCCCAAUGCUAUCCCUUCAGAGGAUGGAGCCCACACCCUCACCUGCGCCCUGAUGCUGCUAAACACAGACCUGCAUGGACAUAACAUUGGGAAGAGAAUGUCCUGCGCUGACUUCAUUGGCAACCUGGAGGGACUCAACGGAGGCACUGACUUCCCCAAGGAGCUGCUUAAGACACUGUAUGGCUCUAUCAAGAAUGAGAAGCUUCAGUGGGCCAUAGAUGAGGAAGAGCUGAGAAAGUCCCUCUCAGAGCUGGCAGACCCCAACCCAAAGUCCAUCAAGCGCAUCAGCAGCUGCAGUAACCCCUUUCUGGACUUCUCCCAGGAUGCCAGCAUUGCCACCUACAAGCACGGACUGUUAGUGCGCAAGAUCCAUGCUGAUCCUGACUGCAAGAAAACACCCCGAGGGAAGCGAGGCUGGAAGCCCUUCCACGCCAUCCUGAAGGGGAUGAUUCUCUACCUGCAAAAGGAGGAGUAUAAGCCAGGGAAGGCACUGGCAGAGGAGGAGCUGAAGAAUGCCAUUAGCAUCCACCAUUCACUUGCUACACGGGCAUCUGACUACAGCAAGCGACCCAACGUCUUCUACCUCAGGACAGCUGACUGGAGGGUCUUCCUCUUCCAAGCACAGAACCCUGAACAGAUGCACUCAUGGAUCACACGGAUCAAUGUGGUGGCAGCCAUGUUCUCUGCACCGCCCUUCCCUGCAGCCAUUGGCUCCCAGAAGAAGUUCAGCCGUCCACUGCUACCCAGCUCCUGUACCAGGUUGUCCCAGGAAGAGCAGGUGAAAAGCCAUGAGACUAAGUGCAAGGCAAUGACAGCAGAGCUGCUGGAGCAUCGCUCCUCACUGCCUGAGAAGAAGGUGAAGGGCAAGGAGUAUGAGGAGCUAAAGCAGAAGGAAGAGUACCUGGAAUUUGAGAAAUCUCGCUACAGCACCUAUGCCAUGCUGCUCCGGGCCAAGCUGAAGGCCGGCUCUGAGGAUCUGGCAGCGUUCGAGUCCACCCUCUUUGAUGCAGCAGGUGGGGAGGAUGAUGGCCUGAAAAAGUCCCGCUCCAGCCCCUCACUCAACGUGGAGCCCUCCAGCACUGCCACCAAGGUGAAGCGUGUCACGGAGCGCACUGGCCGCGCUCCCUCUGGCCACCCCCAGAAGUCGUAA